AUGAGAUGCAAGGCACGACGAUGGAUUGUAGCAGCUCGUGCUUAUUUGCUGCACCUGGUCGGUUGCACUCUUUUUGCCAACAAGAGUGCAACAUAUGUUCAUGUGGUGCAUCUAAAGGCUUUUCGCGACCUGGGUCAGAGUGGUGGUUAUGCCUGGGGAGUUGCCGCGCUGUGCUGGAUCUAUGAGCACUUUCCGAGUGUGCAUCAGUGUGUCAUAAAUGAUGCGUACGAGGAGAAGUCCCUACGUGCUUCCCGGUGGCUGACGACGAAGGCGCAUAUGAAGGGAAUUACAAGAGUACCGUACCGGGCACGUUGUGAUGCUUUGACGGUCACAGAUGUGUGCUGGUUGCCUUACACUGAGCAUCGAGGGGUUAAGGGGUUUGAGCUGAUUUCAUCAUUCCAGGGUCAACUGAGAUGGGGUCCUAUGGUGGUCACAGCUCAACCGGAGAGGGUGCUACGGCAGUUUGGUUACAUUCAAAGCAUCCCUCCACCGCCUGUUAGCGCUUCAUUAUCAUAUGAUGAUAUAAAUGACAGGUGGGUGCAUUUUGCGGACCACGUACUAGCUGUCGGUGAGCUUUGUGCGGAUUACAUGGAGUGGUUUUUCCGGAUAUCUCACCCAUUCAUGAUAUCGACCCAGGCAGGUGACCAGCCCAGACAUGCACCUACCCCAGACCAUGAGGAGUACAUGCAGCCGGCCAUCCCACAAGUUCCAGUGGCAUUUGACCCCCCUCCACUUGCAGUGGCUAUGAGGCGAUCGCAGAAAGGUUGGAGCGUGUGCUCAACCUUAGGAUGGUCACUGUAG